CAGGUGGAGCACUGGCUUCAGCAACUUUAACAGUUCAGCGUAAUUACUUCCAAAAGUGCCCAGACGCUCGAAUGCAUUUAUCACUGGACAGCAUGAGCAUGGUGGACGACAGCUGCCUCUCACCCAGCAACUUCCACGAGAUGGGGAAAGGUGGGGGCGUCGCUGUGGGGGGCCGCGUCCACAGCAUCGAUGUCAUUCUGGGUUUCAGCAAAGACCAGGACCCCCUGCUCAGCCCUGCUGGGGCCCCGCGACCCCACAAAGUGGACGUAGAUGGCCUGGCAGAGCCUGGGAGUCAGCAGGAACCCUCAUCACACCCGACCUACAGCGGGCAACUUUCCUCUCUGAGAAAUGGCAGCACAGAGCAGCAGUACCACGAUACCGGCUUUUUCACAAACAAGUGUGAUGAGGAGCUGAGUGAACUGAGGAAGAGCGUAGAGAGCGAUGAAGGCAAGUCUCCAGAGCCAUGCAAGGACGAGCAGCCCAAGAAGAAGCACAGGCGCAACCGCACCACCUUCACCACCUACCAGCUGCACGAGCUGGAGCGUGCCUUUGAGAAGUCCCACUACCCGGACGUGUACAGCCGGGAGGAGCUCGCCAUGAAGGUGAACCUCCCAGAAGUCCGGGUUCAGGUCUGGUUCCAGAACCGCAGAGCUAAAUGGCGUCGGCAGGAAAAAAUGGAUGCCAGCACCAUGAAGCUCCACGACUCGCCAAUGCUUUCCUUCAACCGCCCGCCACCGGUUCAUACCAGCAUGGGCGCGAUGACCAACUCCCUCCCCUUGGACCCCUGGCUCUCCUCUCCCCUGUCUAGCGCCACACCGGUCCACAGCAUCCCGGGCUUCAUGGGUCCAGCUCAGGGCCUCCAGCCCAGCUACCCCAGCCACAGCUUCCUCAACUCCACUCCUCAUCCUCAUCCGUCCAUGGGCCAGGGGAUGCAGAGUAUGGCUCCUCCUCCCUACCAGUGCACAGCACCGUACCCUGAUAAAUAUCCUCUGGAGGACGUGGACCAGCGCAGCUCCAGUAUCGCCGCUCUGAGAAUGAAAGCCAAGGAACAUCUCCAAUCCAUGGACAAGACCUGGCAUCCCAUGUGACUAAAAAACCUGCCAGUCCAUGGGAAUGACAUUGCGAAAGUAAGAUGUCGAAAUUGUGUCUUGGGGUCCAGGGACAGUCAGUAUGUUGAACAAUAUGACAGUGACUUGUCUGAUACCCACAGAGCACAGGAAAUGGACUUAGAACUGUGAAAAACGAGGAUUCUUUGACUUCCUUUUUUUUUUUUCUCAUCUCAAGGACAUGAAGCAGACAAGUGAACUCUAUAGUCUUGUUAAGUUGCAAAUUUUACACCACCAAUUUCCAUAUGUCUGUUCUCCCUCUAAUGUAAAAGUGUUCAGCGUCACCUUGGGUGCUUUAAAAGAAAAUGUCUUCUUGCACCCGGGAAAGCAAGAAAAUGUCUUUCCUGAUCAACCUUUUUUUUAAUUUUUAUAACAAACCAUCGUAUCUUUACAGCCACAAUUCCUGAUGGAUAAAUGCGUACUUCCACCCAUAUUCCUGAACAGCACGUCUAGUGAUGGCAGGCAGCAGCUUUUCAGGGGUCACAAACACUUUGAACACAUAUGAAAGCAAUGGCAAAAUAUUUCUUUAUGCCUCAUAUUUUAAGAAGACAGCUGUCCGGAAA